UUAGCCUAGGCAAUACUUAUUUGGUUAACUGGUUGAUCCAUUUUCCAGAAAAACUUGUCAUUCUCCUCCCUCCAUAUGUACUCAUCUUUCUUUCUUUCAUCGCAUAGCAAAUUUAUUACCCAUCGCUGGUCAAUCUCAGAGAUCUCAUCGUCCGGCUCACUGGAGGCCUACUAAUCAAGUGCCUUCGAAAUCCAUAUCAAAUCCCUCUUUGCUAUUUUACGAUUUGGGUGUGUAUUCAAGCUUGUAUAGAAUUGUAUAGAUUAAUUUGUUAGUAAAUCAAGAUACUCAUUUUUUAUUUUCCACAAACAGUUAAAAAUGUCUGAAAGUGUCACCGUUUACAUUGAUACGAUGCUUAAAAACAUGUCUUACACACUUUUAAAGCCCUCAAUAUUUAGAGUUGGUGAUCAUUUACGCAGCAUAAAUCCAGAGGCUUACGAUCCACAAAUAAUAGCUAUUGGCCCGUUUCACCACGAUAAACCUCACUUGCAGAACAUGGAGCGACACAAACUCAGGUAUCUAAGGCUGCUUCUUCAAAAAAAAGAGGAGUCGAGUGUAGAAAGAUAUGUUGCUGAAAUAAGAAGAUUGGAAGACAGAGCCCGGAAAUGUUAUGCUGAAGACAUCCACCUUGAUGAAGAUGAGUUUGUGAAAAUGUUGAUUCUUGAUGGUUUUUUUAUUAUCGAAUUUCUCCGCAAGUUUAUACGCAGAGAAGAUGUGGAUCGAGAUGACCCCAUUUUCCAGUAUGAACAUUUACAAAUUCAAUUGCUUCAUGAUCUAAUGCUAUUUGAGAAUCAGAUUCCAUUUUUCAUCGUUGAUUGUUUGUUCAACAUGAUCUUUGAUGGAGGCAUCAAUAUUAUAAUAUGGCCUUUCCUACGAAAUAUCAUUUUCCCAAUGCGAAAGAAAGAUUUUCCUGAAGUCCCUAUUAAUGGCCACCAUCUUCUUGGCAUUGUACAUGACAUCCAGUGUUCUUCGUCUACAAGGAUAUUAUCUGAUGUGGAAUCAGGAAAUCCUGCAAAGAUGUUAUCUAAAAUAGAUUCUGGAAAUCCAGGAUCUCCAAUUUUCAGGGUGAAUAUAAAUUCAGCUGAAGAGCUCACAGUCUGGGGCAGAGCCAGGAAUUUUUUUCAGUGUGGGCAAAAUUUAAUCAAAGUCGAAAUUUUCGAUUAUGGAUUUAAUGAUAUUAUGACAAUGCUAAAAAUAACAUAA